CUCACAUGGAACACCCGAGUGUCUGAACAAAAUGAAAGUAUGUGAUGGCAUGGUGGACUGCAAUAACGGAGCUGACGAAAGGCACUGCCCUCCCCAGUGCGCCAAGAUGGGAAUGAUCAAUUGCCAGGACAGGAAACAUUGCGGCGGGCUGUGUGAUGAAAGUCCCGAGUGUGGCGGCAUGGACGAUGAAAUGCACUGUCGUGCUGGUUGUCGUUGUAAUGAGGGUCAAUAUUUGUGUGAAGCAGCAGCAGGCGGAGCCGCAGAUGUCUGUAUCGGCCUUGAUCAAUUUUGUGAUGUGAAUGAUGACUGUCCCAAUGGAAGUGACGAGACGUUUUGCGUCGGCAAAUAAAUAUCAAAACUCUUUUUUUUCAUAAUUAAAAAUUG